CUUUCAUUUUUUCUUAUUCCUUUUCUUGCUUCCAUUUGUGUUAGUCUUCUUCUUCGGAUUCUCUUCCUCCGGUGGCUGUUGACUUUGCAAAUGCUGAGAUAUCGAACCAAUUGGAUCAGCUUGAAAAGCUGGAUGGAUUGCGAUAUCAACUUGGAUGGAGAAAUUGAUAGGGAUGAGUUUGUGAAGUUUAUUGAGCAGAUUACGGCUGAGACAUUUAACGUGGUGAGUCAGGGUUUGAUCAUAUCUUUGAUUGUGGCUCCAACUGUAGCUAUUGCGACGAAGAAGGCCACGGAAGGUGUCCCGGGAGUUGGCAAAGUUGUGCAGAAGCUGCCUACUUCAAUCUAUGCUUCUCUUGUGACUCUUGCAGUUGUGUGGGUGAAUUCUGAUUCAAGUUAAGCUUCUCAUAUUGCAAAGCUUGCCACCAGAAUAAAUGUGUUUAUACUCC